AUGCAGAAUCAUCACAACGAGGUCUACGUCAAAGAAGAGUGCGGGAUGUUCGGCACGCUCAAGAUUUCGGCAUCGGCGCGAUGCCGUGGUCUCCACUUGCUAGCAGUGUCCUCGCACGAUCUCCAUCUGCACAGCAUGGAGGAAACCGUGCAGAAGAGCACCAGUACGAGCCCAAGUUGCGAUCGCUUGGAGCAUUUCCUUGGAAAGCGUCAUCGUGCCCAUCGCCGGCACAACAACUAUAGAGGUUUCAAUGGUGUCAUUGCUCGCGAAGGAAGAAACCAUCAGCCUCGAGGAGCCUUAUCGUUGUCUUUGACAAUUCACUCCGGGACACAGGGAUUUGAUGGUCGAAUAAAAUUCAUCGCAACGCUGAUUUCUGAAACAGGACAGUCGAUGAGUAUCAAAUGUAUUCUAGCUUGA